CAAACAGACUGAACCCAACCCAAUACUACUUCUCAUUCUCUCAUUCAAUUUAAUCAAUUCAAACCAAAACCCACAAAGGAAAAACAAUAGUUGAAGCGAAAUUCUCUUUCUUUCUUUUAAAAAAAAUUCAAUUAACUUACGACAAUGAUCUCUUCAUGGAGACGCCGGAGGUCCGGUAACCGCCGGCCCGGAAAAGAGAACAAUAUUCAGGUGGACAGUAACAUCAUCGAGAUGGAGGAGUUGACUGUACCGGGGCACUUCCGGUGCCCGAUAUCGCUUGACUUGAUGAAAGACCCGGUGACUUUGAUGACCGGAAUUACGUACGAUCGUCAGAGCAUCGAGACUUGGAUCGAAGCCGGGAACAUCACAUGCCCCAUCACGAACCAAGAGCUUAAGAACCUCGAGCCCAUACCCAACCACGCCAUUCGAAAGAUGAUUCAAGGUUGGUGCGUCGAUAACCGGUCACGCGGCGUGGAGAGAAUCCCGACGCCGCGUACUCCGAUUAGCUCGCACGAGGUGUUGGAGAUUCUCUCGAAGAUGAAUGCCGCGAUCGAGAAACGAGACUCGUCUGGAUGCAGAGAUUUGGCAGUUAAAAUUAAGUCUUCGGCGAAAGAGAGCGAGAGGAACAAGAGGUGUUUCGUUAACAACGGCGCCGGAAGUACCUUAUCCAAGGCUUUCGAGGCUUUUUCGUCUAGUGAUGAUCACGUCGUUUUGGAGGAAAUAUUGUCUUCUUUAACGUUGGUUUUCCCAUUGGACGACGACUCCAAGUUUCGUUUCAUGAACUCGUCGUCGUCGAUGAAUUGCAUGGUGAGGUUUUUGGAGUCUGGCGACUUGGCGGGAAGAAGGAACUCAGUUUUAUUGAUGAAACAACUCAUUUCGUCGUCCGAUCACCAAAGCAUCGCCGCAGUGGUCGAUAUAAAAGGAGCUUUGGAGGCCUUGGUGAAGCUCAUCAAGGAGCCAAUCUGCCCUACUGUAACAAAAUCUUCCUUGAUCAUCAUCUACCGCAUGCUGAUUAGUUCAUCAUCACAAGCUGAGAAAGUAGGCGAAGCAUUCGUCGAACUCGGGCUAGUUGAGCUACUAAUCGAAAUGCUUGUGGAGGGAGAUAGGAGCGUGUGUGAUAAAGCUUUGGGAGUUCUCGACAGGCUCUGCAGGAGCCGACGAGGGAGAGUGGCUGCGCGCGCGCAUUCCCUUACCGUGCCGGUUCUGGUGAAGAAGAUUCUUCGUGUUUCGGAUUCGGCUACCGAGUUUUCGGUCUCGAUGUUAUGGAAGCUACUGACCAUGAUCAAGAACGAUAGUAAUGGGAAUAAUAACUAUGAUCACGAAGACCAAGAUGAUCAAGAAAAGAGUCUCAUUGUCGAGACUCUCCAAGUUGGGGCUUUUCAGAAGCUUUUGCUGCUCUUACAAGUCGGAUGUAGUGAGAGGGUGAAGGAGAAGACUGGUGAUUUGUUGAAGAUUUUGAAUCUUCAUAGAGGAAGGCUUGAGUGCAUUGAGACUAUGGAUUUUAAGCAGAUUAAAAGAUCUUUUUGAUUACUAUUAUCACCAUUUGAUCUCGGGAUUAAUUAAGCUAGUUAAUUAUUAGUUCAAUCCAGAGAGAAAGGGGAGAAAAAAAAAAUAAGGGGGUUGAAUUUUUGUUUCUUUUUAUGUUCUUUAACUUGUACAAAAUACAAUCAAGUUACGUUAGUAGUUAGUACAAUAUCGUUGAUAAUAUAUGACACAAUAUUCGUUA